AUGAAGCAACUCUGGUCUUUGUUGUCUUUGUUGUUCUUGUCUUGUCUUUUUAUCGGACAAGGACGAACAGAGAAACCAAAAGUCGUCAAAAUCGGUUCAAUAUUCAGUUUCGAUUCAGUAAUCGGCAAAGUCGCUAAGAUCGCGAUUAACGAGGCGGUCAAAGAUGUCAAUUCAAACCCCGACAUCCUCCACGGAACACAUCUCCAAGUCUCAAUGCAAAACUCCAAUUGCAGCGGCUUCAUGGGCAUGGUCGAAGCAUUGAGGUUUAUGGAGAAAGACAUAGUUGGAAUCAUAGGACCACAAUGCUCUGUAGUUGCUCACAUGAUCUCUCACAUGGCUAACGAGCUACGCGUCCCUCUUCUCUCAUUCGCUGUAACCGAUCCCGUGAUGUCACCACUCCAAUUCCCGUACUUCAUCAGGACGACUCAGAGCGACUUAUACCAAAUGGACGCGAUAGCUUCGAUCGUAGACUACUACGGAUGGAAAGAAGUGAUCGCUGUGUUCGUAGACGACGACUACGGAAGAAACGGCGUCGCAUCGCUCAACGACAAGCUCGCGAGCAGGAGACUGAGGAUCACUUACAAGGCCGGUUUACAUCCGGACAACGCUGCGAACAAGAACGAGAUCAUGACCAUACUGAUCAAGAUCAUGCUGCUUCAGCCGAGGAUCAUCGUGAUUCAUGUUUACUCGGAGUUAGGGUUUGCUGUUUUCAAAGAGGCCAAGUAUCUUGGGAUGAUGGGGAACGGUUACGUUUGGAUCGCUACGGAUUGGUUGUCUACGACUCUCGACUCUUCUUCUCCGCUUCCUUCUGAGAGGCUUGAAACGAUUCAGGGAGUUCUUGUGCUUCGUCCGCACACGCCGGACUCGAGGUUGAAACGUGAGUUUUACUCCAGGUGGCCUAAGAUUCGUGACGCUGAUUUGUCUCUUCACGCUUAUGGUUUAUAUGCUUAUGAUUCGGUUAUGCUCUUGGCUCGUGGUUUGGAUAAGUACUUCAAGCACGGAGGGAAGAUCUCUUUCUCGAACGACUCCAUGCUCGAUGCGUUAGGGAAAAGCGGAAACUUAAACUUAGAAGCGAUGACGGUGUUUGACGGUGGAGAGACUCUGCUUAAGGAUAUACUCGGAACGCGUUUUGUUGGUUUAACAGGAGAGGUUCAGUUUACUGCAGACAGGUCUCGGACUAAGCCGGCUUACGAUAUCAUCAACGUGGCUGGAACCGGAGUUCGGUUAAUAGGUUACUGGUCGAAUCAUUCCGGUUUAUCAGUUGUGUCACCUGAGUCGCUGUAUAGAGAUAAGCAGGAGAAUGUGUCGUUUGUUGGGGGUGCGACGAGUCCGAAGCUAAGGCAUGUGCUUUGGCCUGGAGAGACGGUUCAGAAGCCGAGAGGAUGGGUGUUUUCGAACAACGGGAAAGAGCUCAAGAUCGGUGUGCCACGUCGUGUUAGUUACAAGGAGUUUGUGUCGCAGAUUCGUGGGACUGAGAAUAUGUUUAAAGGUUUUUGUAUUGAUGUGUUCACAGCUGCGGUGAAUCUCUUACCGUAUGCGGUUCCGGUUAAGUUUGUUCCUUAUGGAAAUGGAAAGGAGAAUCCGAGCUACACUCAUAUGGUUGAGAUGAUAACAACUGGUAAUUUUGAUGGAGUGGUUGGUGAUGUUGCCAUUGUAACAAACCGGACAAAGAUUGUGGAUUUCACACAACCUUACGCAGCUUCUGGACUAGUUGUUGUUGCUCCGUUCAAGAAACUGAACUCAGGAGCUUGGGCUUUUUUAAGACCUUUUAAUAGACUUAUGUGGGCAGUCACUGCUUGUUGCUUUCUCUUUGUUGGUAUUGUUGUUUGGAUCUUGGAGCAUAGGAUCAACGAUGAGUUCAGAGGCCCUCCUAAGAGACAAUGCGUCACUAUUCUCUGGUUUAGCUUCUCAACCAUGUUCUUUGCACAUAGAGAGAACACAGUAAGUACACUUGGGAGGUUGGUUCUGAUCAUAUGGCUAUUCGUUGUACUAAUAAUCAACUCGAGCUACACGGCUAGUCUCACGUCGAUUCUCACAGUUCAACAGCUCUCCUCACCGAUCAAGGGGAUUGAUAGCCUUAGAGAAAUGGAUGAUCCGAUCGGUUACCAAGUCGGUUCGUUUGCAGAGCGUUAUCUGAGAGACGAGCUCAACAUAUCAGAGACACGGCUCCGUCCACUUGGAUCACCUGAAGCUUACGCCAGGGCUUUGAAAGAUGGACCAAAGAAAGGAGGUGUUGCUGCUAUUGUGGACGAGCGUCCGUAUGUCGAACUCUUCCUCUCUAGCAACUGCGCUUAUAGGAUCGUUGGUCAAGAGUUCACCAAAAGUGGUUGGGGAUUUGCAUUUCCUAGAGACUCUCCUCUAGCGAUUGAUCUGUCGACAGCGAUCUUGGAGCUGGCGGAGAAUGGAGAUCUGCAGAGGAUACAUGACAAGUGGCUGAUGAAGAACGCGUGUACUCUAGAGAACGCGGAGCUUGAAUCGGACAGGCUUCAUCUGAAAAGCUUCUGGGGACUGUUUCUCAUAUGUGGAGUUGCGUGUGUUUUAGCUCUGUUUCUCUACUUUGUUCAGAUCAUCCGUCAGCUUUAUAAUCCAAAGCCUGAAGAGGAUGGUGGUGAUGCCAUUGCGAGAGAGAAUCAUGACUCCUCUUCUUUGCGGUCUACUCGUUUGCAGAGAUUCUUGUCGCUCAUGGAUGAGAAAGAAGACGUGUCUAAAGCGGGAAGCAAGAAGAGAAAGAUCGAUGGAUCAGUGAAGGAUACUUCUGGUUCGGGAUCAAGAAGGUCUCGAGGAUUCGACAGAGAAAGAAGCUUUAAUUCUGUAAAUCCAUUAGACUGA